AUGUUGCUUCAGUCUCUCGUUUUGGCCUUGGCUGGCUUCGCCGCCGCCGCAGACUCCUCCCAGAAGUGCUCCUACUCCACCACCAUCCUGGCUGCUUCCGCCGUUCUGGAACUCGCCUCGUGCCCUACUUUGGACGGUACCAUUGAAAUCACCGGUGACGCCAUCGGAAACCUCCAGUUGGGCCAGGUUGAGACCGUCAAGGGUGACAUUAACAUUUUCAAUUCUUCCUCCAUCACCGAGAUUGACUUUUCCGGCUUGGGCAACAUCACCGGUUCCUUGUCUUUCGAUGCUUUGACCCAGUUGCACGCUAUCCAGUUCAACAAGUUGCAGAAGGCCAAGGAGUUGUCCUUCAUCUCCUUGCCAUCUUUCUCCAGUCUCAACUUGAACUCGGGUCUCGCUGAGGUGACCUCCUUGACCUUGUCCGACACGGCCAUCUCCUCUGUCGACAAGCUUUUGGAGUUUGACAACAUUGGUCUUUUGAACAUCAACAACAACAAGAACGUUUCCUCCAUCGACUUGUCGGGCCUUAAGACCGUCUCCAAGGGCUUGACCUUGUCCUUCAACUCUGACAAUGCCACUGUCAAGCUUGAGAACUUGAUCUGGGCCGCCAACUUGACCAUCCAGGACGUUGGUGACUUGUCCAUCUCCAACUUGGAGUACGUCAACGGCUCCUUCCAGCUUGCCUACAACGGCUUCGACGAGGUUUCUUUCGACAACCUUAAGGAGGUUGGUUCUUCUCUCCAGAUCUUCGCCAACGAGGAGUUGACCGCCUUCUCCAUGAACAACUUGACCGAGAUUGACGGUGAGCUCCGUAUCUUCAACAACUCCAAGUUGGACGAGCUCGAGCUCGAGUCCUUGGAGACCGUCAAGGGUGCCAUCAACAUCAAGGGCGACUUUGGCAACUUCACCUUGGACAACUUGAAGGAGGUUGACGGUGACUUCUCCGUCUCUUCCGACAACGAGGACUUUGAGUGCAAGCCUUUCAUCAAGUUGCACGACAACAAGAAGAUCAAGGGCCACAACUUCAACUGUUCUUCUCCUUCGUCAUCUUCUGCCGCUUCUUCUUCCUCCGGCUCCUCCAAGAGCUCUGGCAGCUCUGGCUCUUCCGGUUCCGGCUCCUCCGGUUCUGGUUCUUCUGGCUCUUCCAGCAAGGGCGCUGCCGCCGCCUACGUGACCCCAGGCAUGAUUUUGUCCUCGGUUGUUGGCUCCAUCAUUGCCCUUAUGAUCUAA